AUGCGCACCCUCACCUUCGAGUUUGCCAAGCGCGAGGUGCCGAUCCAGCUCGACCUCUGCUUGCCGGAUGCCGCGUCGUCCGAGUCGCCGCUGCCCAUCUUCCUCUGGUGGCACGGCGGCGGUCUGAUUCAAGGCGCACGCCAGUCCAUGGCUCCGCAUCUCAAGCGUGCGGUUGACAAGUAUCAAAUUGCGGUUGUGUCGACCGACUAUCGCCUGGCGCCGCAGGUUCGCGUGCCGGACAUUCAGCACGAUAUGGAGGACUGUCUCGCAUUUGUGAUUGACGAGCUUCCCUCUCAACUUGCUGCCAAAGGGGAGACGGUGCGGGUGGACACAUCUCGCAUUGUGCUCAGUGGUUCGAGUGCUGGUGGGUGGCAGAGUCUCAUGGUCGGUCUCGGCAUGUGUCCCAAUUCAAAGCAGGAGCAUUUGCAAAACGUCAAAGGCAUCGCCGCCAUCUAUCCGAUCACCACCAUGGACCAUCCGUUCUUCCUUGAGAAGCAGGUUCCGUUCCGUGGCCUGACCAAGGACGAUCCGUCGACGUUCGAAGAGUUUCGCAACCCCAACGCUCCCGUCACCGCCAACAGCGCCGCUGUGGAACAGAGGAACAAGUUCUACAUGCAUGCCCAGCAGGAGGGGCUUUUCCCAUCCCUCCUCUUUUCCGAGCAGCAGCGCGAACAGGGUUGGUUGCAACGCACCGACGUUAUGGCGUUUCUGAAGCAAAGCUCGGAGCAGCAGAGAAAGGAAUUCCCGCCGGUGUACAUCGUGCACGGCGAAAAGGAUACCGCGGUGGAUGUGGAUCAGGCGCGACAGCUCGAGAGGGCGCUCAACGAGGUUGGGGCAGAGGUGAGAUAUGAUGAGGUGGCGGGUCGAGAUCAUUUGUGGGACCAGCUGGAGCCGGAGGAGACCAUGGAGGCGCUGUGGGAGUUUGCGCUGAAACAGCUUCGCUCGUAG